AGUGACGCAGUUAGCUGCAGUUACCCGCUGUGUUUGUGUUCUUCUGUAGAACCUCAGAACCUAAGAGCCUCAGAGAACUGUUUCUCUACUAGUUAGAACUCCUCAGCUGACGUUCCUGCUGCCUCCAGCUGCUGCCGCUCAUUAACCGUGAGUAGCCUUCCGGGGUUUCUAAAGGGGAGAAACAGCUUUCUGGAUAAACCCUAGCCCCGGCUAAGCUAGCGGGUUCCAUCAACGGACACCGUUAAUCCGUGUGAUGUAGCCCCCUGUCCCGAUGGCCAGCGUCACGCUGAGGUUCUUCCUGCUCGGCUGCCUCGUUUCGUCGGCUACCUGGUCGGUGCUGCUGCUGCUCUACUUCUCUUUAGGGGUUGAGCACCGGCCCCUCCUGAAGCCCCGCAGCCAGCCAAUCACCAGAAACAUGGCCCCAAGGGGGUCUGGGCCUCGGCUGCAGCUGGCCAAUCGGGGAGCGGAGCUAUCGCCGGAAAUGGGGAUGAUCUUUAACGAGGCGGAUCAGGAGCUCAGGGACUCUGGUUACCAUCGACAUGCCUUCAACGUCCUGAUCUCCACCAGACUGGGAUCCCACCGAGAUCUGCCCGACACCAGAGACCCCCAGUGUCGUGAUAGGGCGUAUCCUCCGGAUCUACCUUCUGCCAGCGUAGUGAUCUGCUUCUUUAACGAGGCGCUGUCCGCCCUGCUGAGGACGGUACACAGUGUGUUGGAACGCACCCCGACCGCCCUGCUGCACGAGGUCAUCCUGGUGGACGACCACAGCGAGCUGGAAGAGCUGCAGGAAGAGCUGGAGCGUCAUGUGGGGGGGGAUCUGAAGGGGAGAGUAAAGCUGGUGAGGAACCAGAGGAGGGAAGGACUCAUCCGAGGACGCAUGAUAGGAGCCUCACAUGCAACUGGUGAGGUACUGGUGUUCCUGGACUCCCACUGUGAGGUGAACCAGGUAUGGCUUCAGCCCCUGCUGACCCCCCUCUUCAGAGACCAUCGCACAGUUGUGUGCCCCGUCAUCGACAUCAUCUCCGCCGACACCCUCUCCUACUCCCCCUCCCCCCUCGUUAGGGGGGGCUUCAACUGGGGGCUGCACUUCAAGUGGGAUCCAGUACCCCCAGCCGAGCUCAGCGGGCCCUUGGGGGCCAGCGGGCCUAUCAGGUCUCCCACCAUGGCCGGCGGUCUUUUUGCCAUAAACAGGAAUUACUUCAAUGAGCUUGGCAAAUACGAUGCGGGCAUGGACAUCUGGGGGGGGGAGAACCUGGAGAUCUCCUUCAGGAUCUGGAUGUGUGGAGGUCAGCUGCUCAUCAUCCCCUGCUCCAGAGUGGGUCACAUCUUCAGAAAGAGGAGACCCUAUGGAUCCCCGGGUGGGGGGGACACCAUGGCUCACAACUCACUGAGGCUGGCUCAUGUGUGGAUGGACGAGUACAAGGAGCAGUUCUUGUCUCUCCGUCCAGAGCUGCGUGACCGUGGUUACGGAGACGUCAGUGAUCGUGUUGCGUUGAGGGAGCGUCUGCAGUGUAGGACGUUUCGCUGGUACCUAGACACCGUUUACCCCGAGAUGCAGACCCCCCCCCACGGCAACAAACAGCUACCUGUGUUCAACAACAAGAGCCUGAGGAGGCCCAAAGUCCUGCAGAGAGGACGGUUGCACUCCCUCUCGUCAGGGGGGUGUUUGGGGGCCCUUGGCCGGGCCAGUCAGAAGGGAGGGGGCCUGGUGCUGAGAACAUGUGACCGCCGAGACCCCGAGCAGGUGUGGUCGUACGAUGAAGACGGGCAGCUGCUUCUCGCCUCUCUUUUGUGUCUCGACGUAUCGGAGGUCCGGACGUUGGACCCCCCGCGCCUGAUGAAGUGUCACGGCUCGGGGGGGUCACAGCAGUGGAGCCUGGGGAAGUCCAACCGGCUGUACCAGGUUUCGGUUGGUCAGUGUCUCUCCGUGUCUCGACCAAUCAGGCUGAAGGGUUCUGUUUCCAAGGGUUCCGUUACCAUGGCGAUCUGUGACAACUCAGAAGAUCAGCAGUGGCAGCUGGAGGCCUGAGCGGCCAAUAAGAUUCCUCCGUCACUUCAGAACUUCCUUUUUCCUCAGGAUGGCUUCAACCAAUCAGGACGACUCCACACAACCAGCAGAUUUUACCCGGAUUUUAAUUUGAUCUGUUUUUAACCUAGUCCCAGACAGACCGUCUGCAGGGUCUCACUCUGGAUCUACUAAAGGGUUUCUGUGUGUUAGUUUUAACUGAACUUUAUUAUAACUCUUUCUGAACGCUAUGAACUCCUUUCCAUCAGUUUUACUGGAACACGAUGAGACCCAGGACUUUAUUUAUGGAGAGAUCAUUCAGUGCUCUAAUCAGACCUUGAUCAGCAGCGACUGUGAAGACAAUGAGUGUGUGUGUCUCCUGGAGACAGUACUCUGAUAUGAACCUGACAGUAUUACAGAGGCUUUUAAACGUGUCUGUCCUUUCAUCAAUAAAUCUCUAACAGACUCCAAGACCUAA